GAAUAUAGGUGUUCUAGGUCGGAUAUGCUUAAGAAACACAUGCGCGCUCACACGGGAGAGAAACCGUUUGCAUGUGAGAGAUGUGAAUACAAGUGUACGGGCUCCGAUGAUCUCAAGAGACACAUGCGCACUCACACUGGUGAGAAGCCAUAUGCGUGUGACACAUGUGAAUACAGGUGUAGGACCUCCACUAAUCUCAAGACACACAUGCGCGCUCACACGGGAGAGAAGCCGUAUGCGGCACAUGACACACGUAACAUGCCACAGGAAAUUGACUUUGAGGAAGCAGCGGAGGUCACGUGUAGGAGCUCCUUUAAUCUCAAGAAACACAUGCGCACUCACACGGGAGAGAAGCCGUAUGCAUGUGAGAGAUGUGAAUACAAGUGUACGGCCUCCGGUGAUCUCAAGAGACACAUGCGCACUCACACUGGAGAGAAACCGUUUGCAUGUUAGAGAUGUGAAUACAAGUGUAGGACCUCCAGUUAUCUCAAGAAACACAUGCACAUUUACAAGGGAGAGAAGCCGUAUGCCUGCGAUAUAUGUGAAUACAGUGUAGGAGCUCCUUUAAU